GACGUGAAGAAGUCCACCCAGAAGGUGCUGGACCCCAAGAAAGACGUGCUGAUCCGCCUGAAGCACCUGCGGGCGCUGCUGGAUAAUGUGGAUGCAAGUGAUCUUAAGCAGUUUUUUGAGACCAACUAUUCUCAGAUAUAUUUCAUCUUCUAUGAAAAUUUUAUAACACUGGAAAAUAGUUUGAAAUUAAAAGGGAAUAAUAAGUCACAAAGGGAGGAGCUGGACUCCAUCCUCUUUCUUUUUGAAAAAAUACUGCAGUUUCUACCUGAACGAAUUUUCUUUCGAUGGCAUUACCAGAGUAUAGGCUCAACCUUAAAGAAGCUUCUACACACUGGAAAUUCUAUUAAGAUAAGAUGUGAAGGAAUCAGGCUGUUUCUUUUGUGGCUCCAAGCACUUCAGACAAAUUGUGCGGAAGAACAGGUGCUGAUGUUUGCUUGCCUCGUGCCUGGCUUCCCGGCCGUCCUGUCGUCCCGGGGGCCCUGCACACUCGAGACGCUCAUCAACCCUAGCCCUAAUGUAGCUGAUGCAAAGAUAUAUCCAGAAGAAAUUGCUCCUCUCCUGCCAGCUGUAUCCGGGGAAAAGAUUGCUGAGGACCAAACCUGCUUUUUUCUUCAAAUACUGUUGAAGUAUAUGGUUAUUCAGGCUGCAAGCUUGGAGUGGAAGAAUAAGGAAAAUCAAGAUACUGGUUUUAAAUUUCUUUUUACAUUGUUUCGAAAAUAUUAUCUUCCUCAUUUAUUUCCAUCAUUUACUAAGUUAACAAACAUCUACAAACCUGUGCUUGACAUCCCCCAUUUGAGACCAAAGCCAAUGUAUAUUGCUACAACUCGAGACAAUGAGAACUUUUAUAGCACAAAAAUUCCAUACAUGGCAGCUCGUGUUGUUUUUAUUAAGUGGAUUGUAACUUUUUUUUUGGAAAAAAAGUAUCUAACUGCAACACAAAACACUAAAAAUGGAGUUGAUGUACUGCCUAAAAUAAUCCAGACUGUAGGUGGUGGUGCAGUACAGGAGAGGGUGCCUGAGCUGGACGGUGGAGCGCCUGCAGAGCAGGGCAAAAGUCAUUCCAACAGCAGCACCUUGUCCGACCGCAGACUCAGCAGCUCCAGCCUGUGUAGUAUUGAAGAGGAGCACCGAACGGUGUAUGAAAUGGUGCAACGGAUUCUCCUGUCCACGCGUGGUUACAUCAAUUUUGUGAACGAAGUUUUUCACCAGGCAUUUUUGUUGCCUUCUUGUGAAAUAGCUGUAACAAGAAAAGUAGUUCAAGUGUACAGGAAGUGGAUCCUCCAAGACAAACCUGUGUUCAUGGAGGAACCAGAUAAAAAAGAUGUUGCCCAAGAAGAUGUUGAGAAGUUAGGAUUUUCAGAGACUGAUAGUAAGGAGGCCUCGUCUGAAAGUUCCGGUCAUAAGCGAUCUUCCAGCUGGGGACGCACGUACUCCUUCACCAGUGCGAUGAGCAGAGGGUGUGUGACAGAGGAGGACAAUAUGAAUGUGAAGGCUGGGGCCCAGGCUGUGCUGCAGGUAUUUUUGACAAACUCUGCAAAUGUCUUUUUGUUGGAACCAUGUGUGGAAGUUCCUGUGCUCUUGAAAGAACAAGUUGAUGCUUGUAAAGCUGUUUUAAUUAUUUUUAGGCGCAUGAUAAUGGAGCUUACAAUGAAUAAAAAGACAUGGGAACAGAUGUUGCAAAUACUACUCAGGAUAACAGAAGCUGUCAUGCAGAAGCCAAAGGAUAAACAAAUAAAGGACCUAUUUGCCCAGAGCUUGGCAGGGUUACUAUUUAGG